AUGACGAUGAUGUCCGAUCUUUCACAAGUUUUGGUAGGGAAAAUUCUCUAUAAGGUUCCGAUAGCUUCCCUCAGAGCAGUGAGAUCGACUUGCAAACAAUGGAACGCUUUAUCCAAAGAUGCGGUUUUGUGUAAAGCAGAAGCAAUGCAGCCGUUUCUAGGGUUCAUGAUGAUGAAUUAUAAGCUUUGUUCAAUAAGGUUCGAUCUCCGUGGUAUAUCUAACAAAGAAGGAAGUGCAGAGUACUUUGUGGAUCCAUCAAUAAAGGAGAUUGGUAACUUAAUUAAUCAAGUUGAUAUUACUAAAGCUUUUCAUUGCGAUGGGCUAUUGUUAUGCGUCUCAAGGGACCGCACUAGACUCGUGGUUUGUAACCCGUAUUUGUGUCAAACCAAGUGGAUCCAACCCCUUAACGCUUACCACAGAUUAGAUAGGUAUGCUAUCGGAUACGACAAUGACGGCAACCACAAGAUAUUGAGGUUUUUGGAUCAUUCCGACCCUUAUGUUAAGCACAAGUUUCUUGAGUACGAAAUCUUCGAUUUAAGGUCUAAUUCAUGGAGGGUUCUUGAUAUCACUCCCGGUUGGGAGAUAGAGUUUUAUCAACGCGGCGUGUCUUUGAAAGGAAACACUUACUUUUUCGCUAAAGAAAAGAUUGUCUACGAAGGGGAUGGUACGUAUCCAGAGCCACCAGACUAUUUACUAUGUUUUGAUUUUACGACUGAGAGCUUUGGACAGUUUCUUCCGCUGCCGUUUGUGCAUUAUAUUGAACAUACAGGGACUCUAUCUUAUGUCAAAGGAGAGAAACUCGCGGCGUUAUAUCAGAACAUGGAUACAUGUGAGUUGGAGAUAUGGGUUACAACUAUGAUUGAGCCCAAUGCGGUGUCUUGGAGUAACUUUUUUAAAGUUGAUAUGAUACUGCUUACUGGUCUAGAUUUUCAGUUUGGGGUUGAAUCUGGGAGUUUCUUCAUCGACGAAGAGAAGAAAGUCGCCGUGGUUUUUGAUCUAGACGAAUCUGAAAGCUACACAACAGCUUACAUCAUCGGAGAGAAUAGAUACUUGAAGAAAGUGAAUCUUGGAGAAGCUUUUGUGAAUCUGGAGGAGUCUCCCUAUGGUCGCCCAAUUGUGUCCACUUAUUAUGUUCCAAGUUUAGUUGAUAUCAGCUAAUCCGGCAAAAGGAAAGAACGAGCUUCUUAGUUAUAGACCCUUUUUGUUUUUGUUUUUUCUCUUACCGGCCUUUAUUGUGUUUUUCCAUCAUUUGAACAAGACUAGUCAAUUAUUA